AUAGCUUCAAGGUUGCGGGGACUCGGCUAACUUUGGCUCCGCUCGUGACGUCACCACAGGGAGAGUUGCGGGGUGAUGAGUCGCCUAUUACGUGAGCGCUAUGUUACCGCUACAUGCAGCUGGGGUGGUAGGGGUGAACAUGUCACAAUAUCAUUUUAAUACAACCCUGAUGACGACACAAUUAUUACAAUUUAAUCCAUUAAUUUCCUUGUUGGCUUGUGUUAUGUUUAGGAGUCCAGCACCAGGCAUCACAUUGCCCAUGACCUCAAAGAUUUGCCGCACUCAUGUUACAAAUUUGCAGCACAACCUCUUUCAUGGAUAUCACCAAUUAUCAAAACUUUUUUUGUUGCAGAUCGAACCUGUAAUUGCUUAACCUUUUGUUUUCGUUUCAUGUUAUGAUAAGGUACUAAGUUUUCUUCCUUUAGGUUCUCUAAAAUUGCUAAAUGAUUUACCACCAUUGAAUGUCUUUUAUACUGAGAAACAGUUUUCCAGUCUGAUGACUGAGAUGCAUCGCUACUUGCAUUAGUCACUGUAUUUAUCUUUUUAACAGGUGUAUACCAAUAUUGUCUACCCUACAGGAUAAUUGCUCUUGAUCUUCUUUUAAAAUUUUCACUAUUUCCACCACCUGUUUCAAUUCACUUACAACCCUCUGCAAUUCGUCUUUUAGUUUUACACAGCACAAGCAUGGUGAAUUAACAUUUUCCUUAAAAUUUCCCAUAUUUCUUACACCGUACUUCCACUCAACGCUCCCAGCAGCGGCCAUUACAUUACAGAAUUUGUUGAGCAGCAAAUACAACUUACAUUUUAUGUGUCUUUCUGGUCUUUUUAUCUUCAUUGCUCUAAGACCACUAAACAUUGUAUAGGAAUGAAGGAAUUGCAAGGCAUGAGUCCUACAUUCUUUCACUAAUUCUGUCAUGAAUGCAUUGUAUGUGAGGAUGUGUUCUUGUAUGUAUUGAAUUUGUGUAGGAGUUAUCUGAUAUCAUUCAACCCUAGAAACAGUUUACUGAAUUAUAAAGAAAGUUUAUAUGCUGGAAUGUGAUGAUGUCCAUGUCAAAAGUAAUAUUUGGACGUGUAAGUAGAGAGAUCUUGCAUCCCACGUUCUUGAAUUGACAUUGCAUCUAUGGCAUUACAGAAUGCAAAGUUGAGGUAUAGCAGGACUUUGCAUGUACAUUUCAAAUGUGUUGUUUGUGUUAUAAAGCUGCUUCAUGUUCAACUUUGUGCACCACAGUUAAAUAUUUAGCCUCUUACAUUUAGUGUCAGAACAUUUUUCUCGAUUUCUAGGAUGGUCCAUUCCUCUCACCUGGGGAGACUGAGGCAAUAUACCUAAACACAGUCGUAUGGUGUCAUACCCGGUAUAUAGACCCCAUUCCAUUCCCUGAUGUCUCUUCACAGAUUUCCCAUGAUAUUCUGCUCCAGUCAAUGGAUAGGCUGAGGGCAGAGUACAGUGUGAAGUCCAGGCAUGAUGGAAGCCAUCGAGAGGAACUGGAGGUGAUCAGAGAAGCAUGUGACCAUCCUGUGGAAACGUUGGUACAAAUAAAGAGAGAUUUAUAUACAAAGAGAUUAUUCUUAGAGGUUGGUAUUGAGUUCAUGGACUUCUACGGUCAUUUGUUGCCGGUGUGUGAUGUUGAGCUGCAGGAAGAGCUUACAGAUGCAUUUUUGGACCAGGUUCUUGAAUUGACAUUGCAUCUAUGACAUUACUGAAUGCAAAGUUAGGUAUAGCAGGAAUUUGCAUGUACAUUUCAAAUGUGUUGUUUGUGUUAUAAAGCAGCUUCAUGCAGUUUUCUUUAAUAACAUACAAAUACUUGAAUCACCCAGCACAAAAUGCUUAGGUAUUCAUUUAGACAACCAUGUAACGUGGAAGGAACACAUUAAUAAAAAACGCAAACAGAUUGAUUUAAAAAUCAAGGAUAUGCAUUGGUUAAUUGGAAGAAAUUCCAAACUCUCAU